GGGAUGAUUGUAGAAGGAGAAGGAAGCCCAGAGGCCAGUGCAAGCAGGCAGCCCUGAGCUUGCACAUGAUGUCCCCUCCCUGCAGGUUCCUGUCCUUGAGCCCAGGCCCUGAGGUGAGGCUGAGAAGUGGCGCGGAGGUGAGGCCAGAGCUGUCCCUGAGGUGAGGCUGAGAAUAAGUGCAAGGCAGAGGUGCUGCUGAGGAAGGAGAGCCCCGUGGUGGGGAAGAGACAGAAGCUGUGUUUGCCCAUCCCCGAGCAGGUGCUGUGUCCAUCCCCUGUGUGCCAGGAUUUGUCCUUCCCAAAGCUUGGGCGGAUGGAGGAGGAGGCUGCGAGGAAGAGGAAGAUGCCUUGGGCCCCCCAGGCAGGCCCCGAGCUGAGGACGGAGAGCCCGGAGGACAAAUCCCCCCGUGAGACCCUGGUGGGAGAGGCCGUUUUGAAGGGCUCCACGGCACAGGAAGGCAGCGGGGAGGAAGAGGCUCAGAGAUCCCCCCACAGGAGGGGCUCCAAAGCCAUCCCAGGGUGCUCUGAGGAGGAAAGACCCAGCCUGUGCUGGGAAGGCGGCCAGAGCUUGAGGGGGAGCUCCAGCCUGGUGGUCCCUGAGCAGCCUCCCAGCAGGGAGAAACCCUUCCGGUGCUUAGAAUGUGGGAAGAGCUUCAGGCAGAGCUCCAGCCUCCUCACCCACCAGCACAUCCACACUGGGGAACGGCCCUACACGUGUGGGGAGUGUGGGAAGAGCUUCAGUGACAGGUCCACUCUCCACACCCACCGUCGCAUCCACACUGGUGAACGGCCCUAUACGUGUGGGGAAUGUGGGAAGAGCUUCGGGAACAGCUCCCACCUCUGCACCCACCAGCGCAUCCACACUGAGGAACGGCCCUACACGUGUGGGGAAUGUGGGAAGAGUUUCAGGCACAGCUCCACCCUUCGCACCCACGAGCGCAUCCACACUGGGGAAUUGCCCUACACGUGUGGGGAAUGUGGGAAGAGCUUCAACCAGAGCUCCGGGCUCCGCACCCACCAGCGCAUUCACAACAGGGAGAGGCCCUAUAAGUGUGGGGAAUGUGGGAAGAGCUUCAGCCAAAGCUCCACCCUGUACACCCACCAGCGCAUCCACUCUGGGGAACGGCCCUACAAGUGCUCGGAAUGUGGGAAGAGGUUUAAAAUCAGCUCACAUUUCCUCGUGCAUGAGCAGACACACACUGAUGAGAGGCCCUUCCACUGCACUGACUGCGGGAAGGGCUUCAAGAAGAACUCCACCCUUGUCACCCACCAGCACAUCCACACUGGAGAGAGGCCCUACAAGUGUGGGGAGUGUGGGAAGAGCUUCAGGCACAGCUCCAACCUCCGCAUCCACCAGCGAAUCCACACCAAGGAACGGCCAUACAAGUGUGGGGAGUGUGGGAAGAGGUUUCAGACCACCUCAGAUCUCCUCGUGCAUGAGCGGACACACACGGAUGAGAGGCCCUUCCGCUGCACCGACUGCGGGAAGGGCUUCAACCAGAACUCCCACCUCGUCACCCACCGGCGCAUCCACACCGGGGAGAGGCCCUACAAGUGUGGGGAGUGUGGGAAGAGCUUCGCCCAGAGCGGACACUUGACCAAACACCAACAGACCCACCGGUAAGGGAAACCCUACCAGUGCCCAGACUGAGGGAAGAGCUUCGGCCGCUGCUUCCACCCCGAAUGAAGCCCCUGAUGGUGAGGCAACCCCUGGAGUCCAGUGACUGUCAGUCCAUCCCUUCCUACCAGAAAGGGCCAGUCCCCUUUCCCAGGGGCAGCUUCUUCCAACAGAACCCUUCUUGAGGGUUGUGUGGAAAUUCCUGCCUUGGCUGGGGACCCCCCCAAGGUCACUGCUGG